AUGUUCCAGGUUUUUGGUCCAGCUCAUCCUGUUGUUGCUGAUGUUGCUGAAGAUGUUGUUCUGCCCUGUUACCUGAAUCCCAACAUCAGCGCUGAGGACAUGCGUGUGGAGUGGUUCAGACCUGACUCCACAGACAGACUGGUGCAUCUUUACCAGGAGCAAGAGAUUAGAAAUGAGGAUCAGAUCCCAUCGUACAGAGGAAGGACAGCACUGUUCCCAGAGGAGCUGAAGAAAGGCAACACUUCACUAAGACUGGCAGGAGUACGAGCCUCUGAUGAAGGACGGUAUAAAUGUUUCAUUCAGUCUCUGCAGUGGUAUGACGAUGCUUCGGUUAAAGUGGAAGUAAGAGGAACUGAGCCACUGAUCUCCAUGGAGGGACACAGAGAAUGGGGGAUCGGCCUGCUGUGUGAAUCUAAAGGCUGGGAUCUUCAGCCUGAACUCAUCUGGCUGGACAGUGAGGGACACAGUCUCCCUGCUGGACCUACAGAGACACACAGAGACAGUAUGGAUCUCCUAAUCGUGAGACGACGCAUCAUUAUACAGGACAGAGACACCAAGAGGGUCACCUGUCGAGUUCAACUGCAGCAACGCAGCCUGGAGAAGGAGACAGAGUUUCACAUCACAGGAUAUGUUCGGACGAUUGAUAACUGCGAGGUUAUUCUGUGCGGAAUAAAAGAAGUUUCGCUGGCGGUUCCGUCGUCGGGGAGCCAGGGCUGGUCUGGUUCGGUUUGGAUGAGGGUUUCUUUCGGGAGACGCAUUGAGGUGGAUCCGGUCGCAACUUUGUCUCCGGCUAGUAACAAGUUCGCGCUGCUCUGA